GUGAUGAGUCACUGUUACUCGAGUCGGUGACAGGUAUUACGCUUUUAUAUUGAUUAUGUGAGAAUCCGUUCCUUAAUGCGAUUUGAAAUGUUGGAAGGGGUGCCCAGCCUCAUCUGCAGAGGGUGGUAUCCUGCCUAUGCAAACGCAGUUUUCCCUCGACCUCCUGCUCUGACCCGUUAAAAAGAGGCUGGUCGCCUACUGCUCUGAGCUUGGAUCGAACUGUGCCAAUCACGCAAAGAAUGCCGUCUUUCCAGUCACAAAAUGUAAAAGGGUUCACUGGAUCUCUUGUAACUACCUUGAUUAUCCGCCAAGCUUGUCUCUUCGAGCUCUUCCUAGGUUUAGGGGUCGACAAGGUCUCGGCUCAAGAGGCCAAUGUGACUUGUCCCCAUGACUUUCAGUGGGCUUUCAAUUCCCAAGGAAAAUCUCCUUGCAAAGUCGGCUCGGAACUUAUUGCAGUAGGUGCUGGAGGGAAAUGGCUCGUGGGUCCGCUCCCUCCGGGAGGGGAAUACAUCGGCCCGUCGCUAAGUUCAUCGGGUUACUUCCCAAAUGCUUGCCUGUGUUCUUCCGUGGUAUACCAGCUGAUGGCAGCUUGUGGAGCAUGUCAGAACCGCUCAUACACGUCGUAUCCCCUCUGGGGACAUUAUUGCGCUGGCAUUGCGAAUGCAGAGGGUGAAUACCAACCAUCGCUGAUACCCACCGGAACCCUUAUACCUCGAUGGGCCUACAUGAAGCCCUCCGACUUUGCUGGACUCUUCAACUUGGAUGCAGCGAAGACAAUCAGUGAUAGACCCGAAAGCUCUCGAGUGUUUUUACUCAGUAGCACCGCAUCAAGCACUUCCACAGCUUCCAAUGGUGCACAUGGGAGCAGGGGCUCGAACAUCGGUGUGACUGUCGGAGGCGUAAUUGGAGGUGUGAUUGCCCUUGGCCUGGUUGCAGUUGUUGCGAUGUGGAUCUUCAAAAGGAUGAGUUCAGACGGAAGCCCUGCUGUCCACUCGCAGGGACGUUCCGUGUUGCCCGUGGUAAUGGAGACAAACCACGGGCAUGCUCCUCUGUCGCCUGGAUCCCCGGUCUCACGAUAUUCAGCCCAAGGACAUGAUGAUUGACAUGCGGCUCGUCACCCUCCUCGCGGUUCCUGUGGAGGCAGACCACUCUGGGUUGUAGCUUGUGUUUUGGUUGAGGAUUUGGGU